GAUUAAUUUGGCAAAGAGUCUGGGUUCAACGGAAAUAUCAACACUUGAUACUUUGGAAUUCCCACCCUGGUUAAAUAAUCCGAACUGCUCAGUGCCAUAAAUAUGCUCUGAACACUUCGAGUCGUCCACUUGGCCCACCACUCUUUGAGAAGGUGCCGUCCUUAAGUUAGCAGACAGCGCCGGGGCUGCUGGAUAACCUAACUUGAAGUAAGCUGAAGGGAAGGGACGGAACAACUCCAACACGUCAAAGACCCGGUCUCAGAAAGAGAAAAGAUGAAAGACCCCACAAAGUCUAUGGUAACAGCAUCUCAUUCAUGUUCACACUUUGCACAAAUCUGCUGAGAUACACCCACAUACCUCCCAUCCGUCAAGUCCCAAGCGUGCACUGUUGGCGACCUAACUCGACUGUUCGUGAACUGGCUACCACUCUGCCCGUCACCAUGGAGAACAACCGUCCGUCAAAAAGGACAGUUCAGGAUGCUGAGCUGGGUAAAGCCGGUGAUGUUCGGAAUGGUGGAAUUAGCAGGGCAACACCACGAUCUCUCAGUCGUGCUGUCAGCCCUCCGCUCAAGAAACGCCGCACAAGCCCAGACAAAGGAGAAGAAGAAUCCUUUCCCACAGAAGAGCAGGCAAAAAAGCAGCCAUGUUCAUAUCGUAGGGUCGUCGCGUCGCCCUUUCAUCUUACCACGAUUCGCUCCUUGGGACAAAAUUCCAACAUGGAUACCGUAUCACUCAAGGGCCUUCUUGGUGACCCCCUCAUCAAAGAGUGUUGGGAAUUCAACUACCUUCACGACAUUGACUUCCUCAUGGGUGCGUUUGAUAGUGAUGUCCGCCAUCUGAUCAAGGUUCACGUCAUCCACGGCUUUUGGAAGAAGGAAGAUCCCAAUAGGUUACAGAUACAGUCUGACGCCGCUCGCUAUCCCAACAUCACCACACAUCAUGCCUAUCUCCCCGAGCCGUUUGGAACCCAUCACAGCAAAAUGAUGGUGCUCCUGCGAGCCGAUGAUACGGCGGAGAUUAUCAUCCACACGGCAAAUCUGAUUCCGAGAGACUGGAGUAAUAUGACACAAGCCGCCUGGAUAUCUCCUCGACUUCCCCUUUUGAAGCCAGACGCCCAGCAAAAUACUUCCUCUACUCGGUCCCCACCACCGGCCGGCUGCGGUGAGAAGUUCAAGAUAGACUUUCUGAAUUAUCUACGCUCAUAUCGGGCUGCCUGUAACCCUCUCAUUGACCAACUCGCCAAGUAUGACUUCUCAUCAAUCCGCGGCUCACUGAUCGCCAGCGUCCCAGGACGGCACUCCCUCGUUGACGAUUUUCCCACCCGAUGGGGCUGGGCCGCAAUGAAGGAGACUCUCAAGUCGGUUCCCGUUCGCCAGGCGGGAGAUCGAGUUCAAGGUGGUGGUGAUGUUGAUGACAGUGAAAAGCCCGAGGUUGUAAUCCAGAUAUCCUCCAUCGCCACUCUGGGUCCAACAGACAACUGGCUCAAAAACACCCUUUUUGAAGCGCUCAGCGGUUCCCAAGGCCCCAAAACCCUAUUGUCGUCGAAGCCCAAGCCAGACUUCAAGAUCAUCUUCCCCACGCCGGACGAGAUCAGGAAGUCACUCGACGGUUACGCAUCCGGUGGUUCCAUCCAUACCAAGAUCCAGUCAGCUCAACAAGCCAAGCAGCUCCAAUAUCUGAGACCCAUGUUCUGUCACUGGGCGAACGACUCGGCCGAUGGAGUUGGUACGACUACUACAACCCCCAUCCGCGAAGCAGGCCGCAACCGCGCCGCCCCCCACAUCAAAACCUUUAUCCGCUUCGCUAACCACAAGACUAAAAACACUAUUGAUUGGGCCCUCCUUACGUCAGCAAACCUCUCUAAACAAGCGUGGGGCGACGCGCAGAGCAAGAACAAUGCGGGAGAGCCGCAGGUGCAUAUCUGUUCUUACGAGAUUGGCGUGUUGGUGUGGCCGGAGUUGUUUGCGGAUAGUGAUGGUACUAGUAGUGGCAGCAAAAUGGGACAGAAGGCGGUUAUGGUACCUACUUUUCUCAAAGAUACCCCUGCGAUUCAUGGCAGUGAAAAAGAUAGACCGUCUUCAUUGGGGGAGAAGCAGGGUCCUACGUCAACUAGCAGGAACGGCGAGAAGGAUGGUAAGGGAGAUGAUGAGAAGGAGGAAAAGUCUUCGACGGUGGUGGUAGGAUUGCGGAUGCCAUAUAACCUCCCGUUGCAGAGGUACGGGCUGCAAGAAGUGCCUUGGGUUGCCACGGCGAACCACUUGGAGCCAGACUGGAUGGGGCAGGUUUGGCGGCAUGGAUGAGUUGCGGAAAUGGUACGCAGCUGAUCAGUCCAUUGAUGUGGGUGGUUAAUCUGCCCCUGAAAUGAACUUCUUGAUGAGCCUACAAGUAUGUGGUCAGUAUAGGACGGCACAGCCUUCCUGUUUGGUAAUUGAUACCCCUUCCGCUUUCCUCUCGUGUGGAUGUGAUUCCACACGCGGCUCAAGCGGUCACAUCAUGUCAUGUCUUGUAUAGACGGGAUAUUACAGACGUUUCUAAUGUAGUGUAACUGAACCCGCAGGAAACGGG